AUGGAAGAUGUAGCUAUUCUCGUUGCCGUAUUUGAAACUACAUUUAGUGAAUCAAGAUUAAAACGUGAAUUUCGUCGUGUACAGGAUGAAUUUGAUAAUCAACGAGUAUCUGUUGUACGUGAUAAUCGUAUUCAAGGAAUUUCUGCUAAAGAACUUGUUGUUGGUGAUCUGUGUGUUAUAAAAUCUGUUGUUGAAGGAACUGAUCUUAAAGUUGAUGAAAGUUGUAUAACAGGUUCAUAUUUUUCUUUUUUUUUAUGA